AUGUCGAUUCCAGGCUUGGGCCAGAUCCCGCAACAGCCCGAGACCGCCUCUACCCGCAUCGUCGCCCUCCGACCAGGCUGGGAAUGGCGCUUCCACGCCCCCACGGCCUCGCCCCUCGUCAUCAAGAUCGUCUCCGGCACGGCUGAGAAGGACGGCAUCGAGCUCGCCCCCCGCAACGCCUACACCUUCCGGGCCGCCCGCUCCAGGAUCCUCACAUGGCAGGGCUGCGAGAUCGAGGUCGACGGCCGCACCGACCACGACUCGGUCGCGCCCUACGCCAGCCCGGCCGAGAACCCCGCCAACGCCCUCCUGAACCUCCACGCGCAGCUCAACGACAUGCGCGCCGCCGCCGCC